CUCCUUCUUAGUGCGCAAGGCGAGUCACAAGGACGUGGCAGCAACGGACUUCUGGCUCAUGCGCUGGUACUACGGCAGCCGCCCCUUCAUGGCCUACUGCUGCAUUGGCGCUGAGCUGCUGUACCUCGUACUCUAUCUCGACUCAGACCCACUAAACCAACAAGUGCAGGUCUCCCUGCCUUAUCUCGGCCCCACGGGGGUCAUUCGAGCCCUCGGGCUGCUGUGUCUUCCGGGAUGGGCGCUCAAGCAGAUCACCAACGUGGUGCAGGUGAGAGAGGGGGGUGGGGGUGGGGAGGGGGAGCGGGAGGGGGAGGUGGGGGGUGCGUUGGGUGGAAGGUUGUGUACAGGGUUGGGCGGAGGUGCAUGUGGGUGA